AUUAGUUCUGCCUUGUCAAAUAAUUCUAGUGACAAUGUUAUCAGUUAUUGUGCAAAUAUGGGCCAACAGUGCGUGAAAAAUUAGGAGGCAAGUCUCUUUGCAAUAUUUCAAGAUGUCCAAAUAGCGCAAGCGAUUCCUUUUCAUCUUAUAACCUCUGUUGAAGAUCUCGUCCCGAUGCCGAAAGAUAGCUCAAUUUUGGAUAUCGAAGAUAAAAUUUCGAUGGACUGGCGUUCCGCCCUCCGGACGCCCCCCACAUAUCGAAUAGGAACAGGCAGAAUUACAUUUCAGAUGCGAUUUGUAUGGGUUUUCAUUGGUGUACUAGUUAUUUUCUUUUAUUUUACAACAGAGAGUCAAAAAUCGAUCAAACUCCAUACACAAGCAUUAAUUCCAUCAAUGGGGUAACACAAACAAACCGUCAAAUGGAUUCUAUUAUAACUCAACAUAUCCAUUAACAAAACCCAUCACGUCUGAGCAUUUGAUUACUUACAGAAUUGGGGUCAUAUCGGACCUUGAUAAAGACUCAAAAUGUGGUGGGGAUAGAAAAAAUUGUUGGAAGAGCUUUUAUAAAAAAGGAUAUUUAUCUCAUAAUCGUAUAAGCGAUGAAAUUACAAUAUCCUGGGACAGUGGGGCACCUUUAGAGUUAACUUCAGGAUUUGCUUUGAAUGGACGAGGUAUGGAACUUUCAGAACUCACAACGUUCGAUGGAAGGCUUUUGAGUUUUGAUGAUCGGACAGGAAUGGUUUAUGAAAUCAUUGGUGACAAAGCUUAUCCUUGGGUUUUACUUAUGGAUGGAGAUGGUAGAAAAACUAAAGGUUUUAAAUCUGAAUGGGCUACAAUAAAGCACAAUACUCUCUAUGUGGGAUCAAUGGGUAAAGAAUGGACCACUCCAUCAGGAGAAUUCGAACAUAAAGACCCCCAAUGGGUCAAAACAAUUUCCACAACAGGCGAGGUGAAGCAUAUCCAAUGGACAAAUCAAUACAAUGCAAUAGCAAAAGCCUUAGGCAUUCCUUUACCCCCUGGAUAUGUUAUCCAUGAAGCCUUAGCUUGGUCUGAAAUACACCAAAAAUGGGUUGCACUCCCGAGAAGAUGCUCUGAAGACAGAUAUAAUGAAACGUUAGAUGAAAUUAAAGGAUGCAAUGCCAUUGUUACAGCUGAUGAGGACUUUAAAAACAUUAAAGUCACACAGAUAAAAUCGAAAAAGGAUCCCACACUAGGAUUCUCCAGUUUCAAAUUUCUCCCCGGUACAAAAGAUGAUAUAAUAAUAGCUUUACAAUCUUAUGAGUACAAUGGAGUUACGGCUACUUACGUAACAGCUUUAAGAAUGGAUGGACAUGUGAUAAUGGAUAAACAAAAGUUUGCUGAUUUGAAAUACGAAGGAUUAGAAUUUAUAUGAUAAAUUUAUAUUUUUUUAGUCUUACUUGAAAAUCAAGCCAUUUGUU